UUUAUAACUCAACAUCAGAAAGAAACAGUCGCCUCAUGUGCGCGCACGUCAAUCUCAAUAAUUCAGUUAUCACGAAAACAGAUAAAUUAAUUGGAGAAAAACAACAGCGAUUUGAUGUUCAUAUUAAGAAACGUAAGUGUAAUGUUUUGCGUAAAUUUUAUGUUCUUGUAAAAUGUUAAUGAUUACGAUGUAAAUGACAUUUUUUCUUGUGAAGGUGGGAAGCAUCUCUAAUCUGAACAACAAGAAAACAAAAAAAGAGAUAAUCCGUUGUCAAACAUAAAAGAAAAGGUAAAAUGAUCAUCAUCAUAUGGACAUUAGUGAUAGGUUUGGCUCUCUUACUGUACCUGAAGCAGACAUAUUCCUACUUCAGCAAGCAUGAAAUCAAGAGCGUAACCCCGCUUCCGAUACUGGGCAACAUGGGCAAGAUCGUCUUCAAAUUUAACCAUUUAGUAGAUGACAUUUCGCAAUUGUACAAUAAUUUUCCAGAAGAAAGAUUCGUUGGUAGAUACGAGUUUGUAAAUCCGGUGAUCUACAUCAGAGACAUUGAGAUCGUAAAGAGAAUCACAAUUAAAGACUUUGAACAUUUCCUGGAUCAUCGCACGAUCGUCAAUGAGGAUUCCGAUCCGAUGUUUGGAAGGAAUCUGUUUUCAUUGAAAGGCCAGGAAUGGAAAGAUAUGCGAUCAACUUUAUCACCAGCCUUCACUAGUUCCAAGAUGAAGCUUAUGAUGCCCUUAAUAGUUGAAGUGGGAGAGCAGAUGAUCAACGCCAUAAAAAAGAAUAUUAAAAACUCUGAUGGUGGAUACGUGGACAUAGACACUAAAGACCUGACCACUAGAUACGCCAACGAUGUGAUCGCGUCCUGCGCCUUCGGUCUGAAGGUCGACUCCCUCACCGAGGAGAACAACAAAUUCUACGCGAUGGGGAAAGCCGCCUCGAAUUUCAGUUUCAAACAGAUCCUACUCUUGUUGGGAUUUAUUUCAUUUCCUAAUUUGAUGAAAAUGACGAAAUUCAGACUGUUCUCCGAAGAAACGUCCGGAUUCUUUAAGGAGCUGAUAAUGGGCACCAUGAAGGACAGAGAAAUGCGGAAAAUCAUCAGACCAGACAUGAUACAUUUACUCAUGGAAGCUAAGAAAGGAAAAUUAGUUCACGACAAUAAAUCAAGCAAAGACACAGAUGCCGGAUUCGCCACGGUAGAAGAAUCUGCUGUUGGCAAAAAACAAAUCGAUAGAGUCUGGACUGAUGACGACAUCAUCGCUCAAGCAGUUCUUUUCUUCAUUGCUGGUUUUGAGACCGUUUCAUCGGCAAUGACGUUCCUCCUUCACGAAUUGGCUCUCAACCCAGAAGUACAAGACAAAUUGGUUGAAGAAAUCAAGGAAAACAAGGAGAGGAACAAUGGAAAAUUUGACUAUAACUCCAUACAGAAUAUGGCGUAUUUGGAUAUGGUUGUUUCAGAACUCCUAAGGCUGUGGGCGCCAGCUGUCUCCAUGGAUAGAAUCUGCGUUCAAGACUACAACUUGGGGAAACCAAAUGACAAGGCCAAAAGAGACUUCAUACUUCGCAAAGGUACGGGUGUAGCUAUUCCCGUAUGGGCUUUUCACCGAAACCCGGAAUUCUUCCCGGACCCCCUGAAAUUCGAUCCCGAAAGGUUCUCAGAGGAGAACAAACACAACAUCAAGCCUUUCACGUAUCUACCCUUUGGUGUGGGACCUAGGAACUGUAUAGGUUCCAGGUUUGCUUUAUGCGAAGUCAAAGUGAUGGCAUACCAGCUACUCCAGCAUAUGGAGAUAUCUCCGUGCGAGAAGACGUGCAUCCCCUCGAAGCUCAGCAAGGAGAUCUUCAACCUUCGUCUUGAAGGUGGUCAUUGGGUCAGGCUAAAGAUUAACUUGAAGCCACUUAUCAAAAUCAGUCAUAUUUUUUCGCUCGGAAAAAUGAUUCUCCUCAUUUGGGCCAUAGUGCUCAUUGCCGCCUUCGUGCUGUUUUACAAACAAGCCUAUUCUUUGUUCAGCAAGCAGGGAGUGAAGGGCUUCACUCCUCUCCCGUUCUUGGGCAAUAUGGGGCGUAUUGUAAUAAAAAUGGAUCAUUUCUCGGACCAUAUACAAAGUUUAUACAAUUCAUUCCCUGAGGAAAGGUUCGUCGGAAGAUACGAAUUUCUAAACCCAAUGGUUAUAAUUCGUGACAUUGAGUUACUGAAGAAAAUCACGGUUAAGGACUUCGAGCAUUUCCUGGACCAUCGGACUAUCAUCAACAAGGACACCGACCCGUUCUUCGGAAGGAGCUUGUUCUUCUUGAGAGAUCAAGACUGGAAAGACAUGCGCUCAACGCUUUCGCCGGCGUUCACCAGUUCCAAAAUGAAGCUCAUGAUGCCAUUCAUCGUUGAAGUGGGAGAACAGAUGAAUAAAGCGCUAAAGCAGAGGAUACAAGAAGCAGGGGUUGGCUAUGUGGACAUCGACUCCAAAGACCUGACCACUAGAUACGCCAACGAUGUGAUCGCGUCCUGCGCCUUCGGUCUGAAGGUCGACUCCAUCACCGAGGAGAACAACCAGUUCUACGCGAUGGGAAAAGCCGCUUCCACUUUCAACUUCAGGCAGCUUCUAAUUUUCUUUGGUCUCGCAUCUGUCCCGAAGCUUGUGAAGAUUCUACGCAUUACGCUGUUUCAAAAAGAAAUCAAAACCUUCUUCAGGGAGCUGAUCUUGGGCACCAUGAAGAACAGGGAAGCACAAAACAUUAUCAGACCUGACAUGAUCCAUCUACUCAUGGAAGCUAAGAAAGGUAUUUAUAGCCUUCUGACUAAAAUAUAUAUUUUUUUAGAAUGCUGGGUACGAGCCAUACUAUGCAAGACCAAAGAAAAUGAGAAGCUGCCUGAAGUUGAAAGUGGAAGCGGCUUUCCCCAUCGCGUAGAACUGGUUGUUCUCCUCGGUGAUGGAGUCGACCUUCAGACCGAAGGCGCAGGACGCGAUCACAUCGUUGGCGUACCUAGUGGUCAGGUCUUUGGAGUCGAUGUCCACGUAGCCAACUGUCAAAUGUUAAAGAUUCUACGCAUUACGCUGUUUCAAAAAGAAAUCAAAACCUUCUUCAGAGAGCUGAUCUUGGGCACCAUGAAGAACAGGGAAGCACAAAACAUUAUCAGACCUGACAUGAUCCAUCUACUCAUGGAAGCUAAGAAAGGCAAGUUGAGGCACGAUGAGAAAUCCACAAAAGACAGCGACGCUGGCUUUGCUACCGUGGAAGAGUCCUCAGUCGGCAAAAAGGAUAUUAACCGAGUGUGGACUGACGAUGACUUGGUCGCCCAAGCGGUUCUAUUUUUCGUCGCCGGCUUCGAAACAGUAUCGUCAGCGAUGACAUUCCUGCUUCACGAGUUGGCUUUGAACCCUGAAGUGCAGGAGAGGCUGGUGGAAGAAAUCAGAGAAAACGAGAAAAACAACAACGGAAAAUUCGACUAUAACUCCAUUCAGAACAUGGCGUAUUUAGAUAUGGUGGUGUCAGAGGUCUUGAGAUUGUGGCCACCCGUUAUUGCCUUAGAUAGAAUCUGCGUUAAAGACUACAACUUGGGUAAACCAAAUGACAAAAGCAAAGAAGAUUUUAUUAUACGCAAAGACGUGGCUGUGGGUAUACCAGUAUGGGGCUUACAUCGAGAUCCCGAAUUCUUCCCGAACCCCCUGAAAUUCGAUCCCGAAAGGUUCUCAGAGGAGAACAAACACAACAUCAAACCCUUCAGUUACAUGCCAUUUGGUCUGGGACCUAGGAAUUGUAUAGGUUCAAGGUUCGCUUUGUGCGAAGUCAAGGUGAUGACAUACCAACUCCUCCAGCACAUGGAGAUAUCUCCGUGCGAAAAGACCUGCAUUCCCUCGAAACUCAGCAAGGAGACUUUCAACCUUCGCCUUGAAGGCGGUCAUUGGAUCAGGCUGAAGAUUAGGAAUUGA